ACCAUACAAAAAUUAUUAGUGUACUAAAAGCACGUGCCACCACACAUCACGAAUGAAUGAAAUAGUAAGAAAACAAAUGCGCAAAUGCAUACAAGGACACACAGGUGAUAUUUGCAAGGACAUACAGGGGUAGUUUUGUAACUUGGUGUAGGUCAGUUAAGCUCUUUAUAAAAAGGCUGAGUCCACAUAAUGGGAUAUGCACAUAUUUUGAUUGUGGCUGCUAUUGCUAGAUUAAGCUCAAUUGGUCUCAUAAUAAUAUUCCAAUAUCAUCAUCCCAAAGCUAGAAACAGCUCUUAAUUAUUUCUCAAGGUAGUGGUGAUUAUGGAGAAAGGAAAUAUGGGUGGGAUAUUGAGAACAAAAUCGGAUCAGCUAGUGGAGUCGAUGAUGGCGGCUCUAAAGUCACCACAAUCGAGUGAUCACUCGACUAACGGAGUGGAAGGGAGCGGAGGAUUGUCGAGGAAGUCAAGCCGGAGGAUAACGGCGGCUUCACCGGGUCGUGGCGGAGGGAAGAACACACACAUAAGGAAAUCAAUGAGCGCUCAAAUGAAGAUUGAGCUUGAUGAGUUGAGUAGUGGCGCGGCUCUAAGCCGAGCUUCAAGUGCCAGCUUGGGACUCUCAUUUUCAUUCACCGGCUUCACUAUGCAUUCUGAUCAAAUUGCUGAUUCGAGACCAUUCAGUGAUGAUGAUAUGAUUCCUGAAGAUAUUGAAGCUGGAACAAGGACAAAGACAAAGUUUCAAACAGAACCUACUCUGCCUAUAUAUCUAAAGUUCACUGAUGUGACCUACAAAGUAGUGGUGAAAGGCAUGACAUCAAGUGAGGAGAAGGAUAUAUUGAAUGGCAUAAGUGGUUCUGUAAAUCCAGGUGAAGUUUUGGCUUUGAUGGGUCCCUCAGGAAGUGGAAAGACAACUCUUUUAAAUCUCCUUGGAGGGAGGCUAAGUAAGACAACAAUUGGUGGCUCUAUCACUUACAAUGACCAAUCAUAUUCCAAGUUCCUCAAAAGCAGGAUAGGAUUUGUGACACAAGAUGAUGUCUUGUUUCCUCACCUAACUGUGAAAGAGACAUUGACAUACGCAGCGCGGUUAAGACUUCCAAAUACAUUAACUAAGGAGCAAAAGGAAAAAAGAGCUUUAGAUGUCAUCUAUGAGCUUGGCUUGGAGAGGUGCCAAGAUACCAUGAUCGGUGGUUCAUUUGUUCGCGGAGUAUCAGGUGGAGAGAGGAAGAGAGUUUGUAUUGGUAAUGAGAUUAUAAUCAACCCUUCCAUUCUGUUUCUUGAUGAACCAACAUCUGGUUUGGAUUCAACAACAGCCUUGAAGAUUGUUCAGAUGCUGCAAGACAUAGCAGAGGCUGGUAAAACAGUAGUGACAACAAUUCACCAACCAUCAAGUAGACUCUUCCACAAAUUUGACAAGUUGAUCCUUCUUGGGAAAGGGAGCUUACUUUACUUUGGAAAAGCAGCAGAAGCAAUGAAUUAUUUCCAAUCAAUAGGAUGUUCACCACUUAUUUCCAUGAAUCCAGCAGAGUUUUUGCUAGACCUUGCUAAUGGAAACAUAAAUGAUGUUUCUGUACCAUCAGAGUUGGAUGAUAAAGUGCAAAUGGGAAAUGCAGAAGUUGAAACAACAUAUAAUGGAAAACCAUCACCAGCAGUAGUCCAUGAGUAUCUGGUGGAGGCAUAUGAAUCUCGAGUUGCGGAAACAGAGAAGAAAAAGAUAAUGGUUUCUGUACCUCUAGAUGAAAAUUUGAAGGCCAAAGUAUGUUCUCCUAAAAGACAAUGGGGAGCAAGUUGGGAUGAACAAUAUUCCAUACUUUUCUGGAGAGGAAUCAAGGAAAGGAGGCAUGACUAUUUUAGCUGGUUGAGAAUCACACAAGUUUUAUCCACUGCAGUCAUCUUAGGAUUACUUUGGUGGCAAUCAGAUGCUAAGAACCCAAAAGAUCUGCAAGAUCAGGCAGGACUACUUUUCUUUAUUGCCGUCUUCUGGGGAUUCUUUCCAGUUUUUACAGCAAUAUUUACAUUUCCUCAAGAAAGAGCCAUGCUAACUAAAGAACGUGCCGCUGAUAUGUACAGAUUAAGUGCAUACUUCCUGGCUAGAACUACAAGUGACCUUCCAUUAGACCUGAUAUUACCGGUGCUUUUUAUCCUCGUUGUUUAUUUCAUGGCUGGUUUGAGAUUAAGUGUUGCCCCCUUUUUCCUCACUAUUGUUACUGUCUUCCUCUGCAUCGUUGCGGCUCAGGGUCUUGGACUCGCCAUCGGUGCUACGCUUAUGGACUUGAAAAGAGCAACAACUUUGGCUUCGGUAACUGUGAUGACUUUCAUGCUGGCCGGAGGAUUUUUCGUUCAGAAAGUUCCCAUAUUCAUUUCUUGGAUCCGCUACAUGUCUUUCAACUACCACACUUACAAAUUGUUGCUCAAGGUGCAAUAUGAACAUCUCAGUCCAAGCAUAAAUGGAGUCAAAAUUGACAGUGGUUUGACAGAAGUAGCUGCUCUGGUUGCCAUGGUUUUCGCUUACCGUUUCUUGGCGUAUCUUUCUUUGCGGAGAAUGAAACUUCAAACCGGAAGUUAAAAAAUUCGCGGAGAAGUGUUUUAUAUAUAUGCAUGAGGAGUAGUUUUAAAUGAAGACUCACAUGCAAGCAAAAGCACCAGUUAAAGGGCUUAUAAGCAUUGGUUGGGAUUAAACUUUUGGCUUUUUUUUUGUCCAAUCAUAUGUGUAUAUUGUAUUUCAUUUAGCAUGUUGAAAUGCAACAAUGCAUGCAUGCUAGAUGUCAUAGUAGACACAUUAGUACCUGGAGAGUUUUUUUUUUGGUGGAAACUACUUAACUAUUUUGAAAAUGUUUCAAUGAUGAAGCAUUGUAACUGAUGUAGUGGAAUUAGAGGGGCUUAUCUGCUUGCUACAUAUUAGUCAAAUUUCAAGUGUAAACAGAAUUUGACAGCAAUAAUGAUAAUGCUAGCGGGAUUGAAACAAGUCAAAUUGUUUGUCGUUCUAGUUAUGUGGUAGAAACAUAUGAUUUAAAGUAUAUACAACGCAAAUCCAAUAUUUUGCCACAUCACCCAACUUUUGGAACUGCAUUACCCAACUUUGAUAACUGUAUUUUAAAAAAGAUGUUAUGACAUGAAAAAAUAAAGGGCUCUCAUUGAAUGUUUGUAUGAAAGUAAUUUAUGCUGACAGUGUAUGUCAAUUAAAUUCAUAAAAAUUAAAGAAAAACAUCCAAAGACCAAAUGAGCACAUCAUCUAUAGUGAUGUUUUUGUGUAUAUAAAUAGAGUAAUGGACUGAUAAAAAUGCAUAGUUACAUAAAAACUGAUCAUUCAGAGACAAUUUACAUUUCACACUUCACAUCCCCUCACUCUCGAAUUCAGAUUCUUGGCAGUUAUAGAAGCAUGUAUCUAAGAAAUCUUGGCCGUUAAAUUUCAGUGGGACAGCUCAAGAUCCCAACUUCAGAAAAUCUGCUUUUAAAUACAUUGUAGAAUGUAAGUUGUCCCAUAGGACACCCUAAUUCUAUAACUACGCAAAUUCGUCGAAUCUAUUUCCCUCUAUUCCCAACCAAAAAUUAAGAAAUAUAAAAAAAAAAAAAAAA